AUGGCGACGGUGUCAAUCAAUGCGCCCGGAAUCGGGGGUGGAUUCUUAUAUAACAAUGGCAACAACAAUGCGCGUGUGUGUAUCACGGCCGAAACGGGGGAAUUCGAUGUCGAGACUAUCAAGGCCUGGCAGGAUGAGGGAUUUGACGUUGUGUAUAUUCCGCUCGAUGGGGGUGGCCGCGAAUAUGAGAGUCGGUUGCGAAGUGUCAAGGAGGGAUUGGGCGUCGGAGAAAAUUAUGCGGUGAUCGCCUAUGGAGACGCGGCCAACUACUGCUUGGACUAUUACAUCAAGUCGCAAAAUGCCAGCCGUCUUUGCGCGCUGAUCGCCUACUACCCCAGUGUGAUUCCAGACACACGUUCGAGGUUUCCUAUGUCUCUUCAGGUCGUGGUGCACCUUGCCGGAAAGACCAUCGAUGUCGCAACCAUUCCAGUUGCACUAGGAAUCCAGGGGAAGAAGCGACGCAAGACACGUCCUCUCAACCCAGGCAUCGGCACAGGCGAGCGGCUGGACCUGGCGUAUCCAGCAUACACCUAUGACCAGGCUGAGCCGGGAUUCGCGGAACACGACAUGGAAGAGUAUGAUCAUUUGGCCGGAGAUCUGGCAUUCACUCGGACUUUGAGGGCUCUGCGUAGGGGUUUCUCGAGAGACCCCGACCUCGAGAGCAGGUGGGAGGAACACCAGGAAGCCAAAUUCUUCAAAUCGAACCUCGGCAAGACCAUGGACGGCUACGUGACACACAAAAAGCCCGGAGUCACCUUUGCGCCAACCGUGAGCGGCGGAAUCGGCACACAAGCUCUACGCCGCUUCUACGAUCAAUACUUUGUCGGCAAACUGCCUCCAUCAAUGCAUAUCCGCUUACUCUCGCGGACCACCGGCGCCGACCGCGUCGUCGACGAACUCUACGUCACCUUCGAGCACACCCAGGAAAUUCCCUGGAUGCUCCCGGGGGUCCCACCCACCAACAAGCGCGUCGAAAUCAUCCUCGUCAGCAUCGUCAGCCUGCGCGCCGGCCGUCUGUAUUCCGAACACACCUACUGGGACCAAGCUAGCGUGUUGGUCCAGGUUGGCCUUCUCGAUGCCAAGAUGGUGCCUCCCUCCGCGCAGGGUGUUGAUCGUCUUCCGGUCGUGGGCCGCGAAGCUGCUCGUCGUAUUUUGCGGGAAGAUCUGGAGGAAGAAGAACAGAUGGAUUAUCAUAAUCGGUUGAUUCGUCGGGCGCGCGCUCGGAAGAGUCGGGCCUCACGGGCCGGCUCUGUGGCCGGAUACGACUCAGCUGCUGAGCUCAAGAGUGAUGUCGAGCCGGGCAUGCCGAUCAGGCAGCGGAAAAAGGUGCAGACUGUGCAGGAAGAGGAAGAACCCGAGGAGGGGCAGGAGGGGCAGGAGGAGGCCCAAGAAGACGACAAGGAGAACGCUGAUGGAGAUGCAGAAGACACAAAGGAGACGAUCAAUGGUAAUGGAGCAGACGAGACGAAUGGAGACGCAGAACACAAAGAGCGAGCAAAUGGGAAUGACGCCGAGGCAAAACCAAAGGCGAAACAGCAAGUGAAAUCCAAGCCACCCAAGCUUGCCACUCGCAAAGCUACUGUUGAGGAAGGGAGCGAGGGAAGCGCAAAGUCGUGA